ACGAGCGCGACUACACAUUUUUAAUAAUAAAUUGACAGAUAUGAAAAAAGUGUUUUAAAAAUUCGCGGGAAAAGACAUGAUAUACUUUAUGUUAAAUUAUUUUUUCGGUGCAGAUGUGGAUUUAUUCUACUUGUAAAAAAGAUAUAACGCUAAGUAUUUUUUAAAAUUUUUAACUUGCACCAAACAGAAAAUAAAUUCCCUUAUGACCUUGCUGACGUUAAUAAAUUAUCAUAAUCACAAGAUGGAAUAUAAUGGUUAUCCAAAUGGUAAAGAAUACAAUAAGAUGUUUAUCGAAAAUGAAACUUUAUCGGUAUCUGGAGGAUCUUCACGAAGAGCAAGCCACGAUAGCGUAAAAAGCAUUAAUUUGCCCAUAGACCCAAAACCAUUAGAAAGCAAAUUAAAACGAGAACCGACUCCACAUCCUCAUCAAUUGGACUCCACCUCUAUUGAUUUUAUCGGACAAACGACAAAAACUAGAUCAAAAUCGCUUGUAAACAUUUCAAGACGAAACAGGAGCCCUAGCUUUGACCACGACGGGCUUGGAGAUAUUGAAGAGAGUCCAAAGUAUACGACUUAUAGAAGAGGAAGUUGGCAACAUUCGGACAAUGUUGAUAGGCCCAAGCAGUUGUCGAGGUUCACAUGCAUAAAAGAUGCUUUUGGAGCCCAACUAAAUUCGGAAGAAAAUAUCACACUGCCAGGUACACCUCUUCCAUCUUUAGUGCAAGACUCGACACAGGAAGAAAUUACUGUACCGUUUCAGCUUCCAACUCCGGAUGCAGAAAAAACACAGAUUUCGGAUCCAGACACUUUAUAUUUUCGAGAUGGCAGACGAAAAAUUGAUAUGGUGUUGGUUUAUGAAGAAGAAGAGCUUGGAGUAAUGACUGAAGCUGAAGCAAGAAAAAGGGAGAGCAGGAAAAUGUUUCAGGAAAAUAUGGUAAAAGAAGGCCUGGAACUGGAGCUCGAACAUAAAGACCUCUCAUUUGACGGUAAAACGUGGUUCUUAAAAAUUCACCUACCAUGGAAAACAAAAACCAGAUACGCCGCCCUAAUGGGAAUAAAAUUACCUUGUAAACGAUUUAUUACCAUUUCGGUUAAAGCGUGGGACGACAAAAAGGAUCAAAACCAGAAUAGUUGCUAUCAAUCAUGCUAUGAAAAAUGGAAUAAAAAAUGGAAAGAAUAUUUUGAAUAUAAUCAUGAUCUUAUUCCGAAAGAGCCUUCAUUUUAUGACGCCACCGAGGGACGAGAUAGAGAGGAACAGUUUGUAGUGAAAGAUAGAGCUACGACUUAUUCAAGUGCCCAAAGAAGUUUGAUAGUGAUGCAAAUUCUUUUAAGAGUCAAAUUUGAUGAAACAGAUAAAGUUGGUAUCAGACGACUACUAAACAACGGUACUUUUCUGGCAUGCUUUCCGCUGCAUGAAGGCAAAUGGGAAGAAACAGGGAAGAACGGAGUAUUAUUAGAUAGACGAUUACUCUACUUGGAAUGGGCAAAUUUUGGAAAAAUGUUAAAAAGACAGCCGCUAAACUUAGUCAGAAAAUACUUCGGUGAUAAAAUAGGGCUCUACUUUUGCUGGCUGGGGUUUUACACCAAAAUGCUUAUUUCCCCUGCUAUUGUUGGAACGCUUUGUUUUAUGUAUGGGGUAUUUACCAUGGAUGGAGAUGAUAACACAGCAACGCAUGAAAUUUGUGAUGCCAAUGGUCCAGGAAACAUUACUUUGUGUCCUUUAUGUGACAAGGCUUGCACGUAUACUAGGCUAAAAGAUAGUUGUAAAUUUGCCAAACUAACUUAUCUCUUUGAUAAUCCCGCAACUGUUUUUUUUGCAAUUUUUAUGAGUUUAUGGGCGACAGUAUUUUUGGAACUGUGGCGAAGGAAACAAAGUGUGAUACAGUGGGAAUGGGAUUUACAGGAUACGGAGCAAGACGAAGAGGCGAGACCUGAAUUCGAAACGAGCGUAAAAACUUUCCGGACGAAUCCGGUGACCCGAGAAAAGGAACCAUAUCUUCCAACUUCCCAAAAAGCUUUUAAAUACGUUAUUACUGGAAGUGCCGUAUUUUUUAUGAUUGUUGUUGUGUUAUGUGCAGUUCUUGGGACAAUAAUAUAUCGGUUGUCAUUAGUGACAAUCAUUUAUGGUAGUGAAAAUAUAUUUUUUCAAAAUCACGCAAAAAUAAUAACAUCGGUUAGUGCCGCCAUCAUUAAUUUGAUUUUUAUCAUGUCGCUUACUAGGGGUUAUCAUAGACUAGCAAUUUACUUAACUAACCUGGAAAGCCCAAGAACGGACACCGAGUAUGAAGACUCAUAUACCUUUAAAAUUUUCUUAUUUGAGUUUAUGAAUUUUUAUUCAUCUUUAAUAUACAUUGCGUUUUUUAAGGGAAGGUUCUUUGAAUAUCCAGGAGAUACUGUAAUUAGAAAAUCAGAGUUUUUUCGAGUUAAAGGGGACAUUUGUGAUCCAGCUGGUUGUCUCAGUGAACUUUGUAUUCAAUUAGCCAUUAUCAUGAUUGGCAAACAAAUAUUAAAUAAUUUUGUUGAAAUAUUUAAUCCUAAAUUCUAUAAUUGGUGGCGCUAUAGAACACACAGAUCAAACACCAAAGAUCUUACAAGGAAACACACAAGAUGGGAGGAGGAUUACCACCUGCAAGACCCCGGACGUCUUGCUUUGUUUGAUGAAUAUUUAGAAAUGAUCCUUCAAUAUGGUUUUGUUACUCUAUUCGUAGCAGCAUUCCCACUGGCUCCCCUAUGUGCUCUAUUAAAUAAUAUAGCGGAGAUUCGUCUGGAUGCGUAUAAAAUGGUGACACAAGCAAGGCGUCCGUUGGCUGAAAGAGUGGAAGAUAUUGGAGCCUGGUAUGGGAUUCUUAAAGCUAUAACUUAUGCAGCCGUUGUAUCAAAUGCAUUUGUGAUAGCAUACACAAGCGAUUUUAUCCCUAGAAUGGUAUACAAAUAUAAAUAUUCCCUUAACGAAAAUCUGGUGGGCUAUAUCGAUUCGUCCCUUUCAGUAUUUAAUACUUCAGACUACUAUGAUGAUAUGGGGCCUGCCGAUAAAAGUGCAAACGUAGACUUAUGCCAAUAUAGAGGGUAUAGAAAUGGUCCAAAUGAGACGAAUCCUUAUGGUUUAAGUCCACAAUACUGGCAUGUAUUUGCUGCAAGACUGGCAUUUGUGGUGAUCUUUGAGCAUGUUGUAUUUGCAUUAGUGGGAGUAAUGCAAUAUGUGAUACCAGAUAUACCUUCAGAGUUAAAUACACAAAUUCAAAGAGAAACAUUAUUGGCCAAAGAAGCUAAAUAUGAACACGGCCUAAGGAAGACUGAUUAUGACUACGAAGACGUGUUAAAUACUAUAAGAGAAAAUGAUAAUUCUAAUAAAAAUAACGAUAGCAAAAUAGGUAUUCGCGGUUCUUGGGCGCGAAGGCUCAGCAAACUCUCGGACGGAUUAGAAGCUCAUGUUGAAGUGGUGAGUAAGAGGAAAAAUUCGCUUACUUCAACAACCUUAUGGGAAUUUUCAUAAUAAUUAUUAUUUAGAUAUAGCACAUUAUUGUAUAUAGAAUGAUUACUUUUUGUAUUAUCAUUAAUUUUUUUUGUUAUUUACCUACUUAAGAUCUAAUUGAAGUUUGUUUAUAGAAGUGUUGUGACAUAAGUAUAAACUACACAUAAAUAUAGAAAAUAUUAUGAGUGGUACAAAACCUAAAGGGCUAAAAUUAAAACAUACAAUAGAUGUAUUAAUUGAUAAAAGCACUUUUUAAAUGCUAAUUAUAUAAACUUUUUGUGCCAUAAUAAUUGCUUAUAAAUUAAGACUUAAAAAACUAUC